CCAUCAGCCAGCAGAAGUAUACACUGAAAGUCCGAUGGCUGGUCGUCAUAGUCUUAGUUCGGCGUCCUAGGCAAAGAGAAACAGAGGAAAACGAAGCCAUGGAAGCUCAGAUGAGACUCGGCCGAGUAGCCCUAGCACUAGCCCUAGCCUUCUCGAUCUUCUCCAAUCUCUCGCUGCUCGUCACCUCUUCGUCUUCUCAGGAUCUCCAGAUCGUCAACGCCGAGCGCAGAAUUGACUUGACUUCGCACAUUGUUAAGGUCUUCUUGACGUUGAAGAUUGAAAAUACUGGGACAUCACCUGCUUCGGAAGUUCUUCUUGCAUUUCCACCAACCCAGGUUGAUCAUCUUGCAGUGCUCAAAGCUGCAGUAACUGCUGGAAAACGAAAGAAGAAGACAUAUCUGCCACUUGAUGUAAACCCAACUGAAGUACCUGAUGCACCAAAUGAGACCAAAUAUUUCUCUGUAUCUUUGCUCAAUCCGCUAAACAAAGGGGAAACUGCAACACUGGAAGUGCUAUAUAUAUUGACUCAUUCUCUAGAACCUUUCCCAGCAGAGAUAAGCCAAUCAGAGUCUCAGUUGGUCUAUUAUCGUGAUAGUGCAGAAGUACUGUCACCAUAUUAUAUUAAGCAACAGACGACUUUUAUAAGAAUACCUAGUUCUAAGAUUGAGUCAUUCACCAAAGUGGAACCCACUAAUCGUGCCAGUACAGAGCUAAAAUAUGGGCCUUACAAUGAUCGUGCACCAUACUCGUUUUCUCCCAUACUUGUUCAUUUUGAGAAUAAUAAUCCAUUUGCUGUUGUUGAGGAGCUUGUGCGUGAAGUGGAAAUAUCUCACUGGGGAAGCAUUCAGGUCAGAGAGCAUUAUAGCCUGGUCCAUGCUGGUGCUCGCCAUAAAGGUGUAUUUUCAAGGGUUGAAUAUCAAUCUAGGCCAUCCGUUAGUGGUGCCCCUUCAUUCCGGAAUCUUCUAGCAAGACUACCUCCAAGGGUUCACUCUGUCUAUUACCGAGAUGACAUAGGGAACAUUUCCUCUUCACACUUACGUACAGAUUAUCAGAAGUCUGAACUUGAAAUUGAACCUCGGUAUCCUUUGUUUGGAGGUUGGAAAGCUACUUUUGUCAUUGGGUAUGGGCUACCAUUGCAAGACUUCCUUUUUGAGUCAUCUGAGGGAACACGGUACCUCAACUUCAGCUUUGGUUGUUUUCUUGUAGACACUGUGGUAGACAAGUUGAUCGUCAAAGUUGUGCUACCAGAAGGAUCAAAAGACCCUUCUCCUGUUGUUCCUUUUGCAGUGGAACAACGUUUAGAGACCAAAUAUUCAUACCUUGAUGUUGUCGGAAGGACAGUGGUGGUUCUUGAAAAGAAAAAUGUAGUUCCCGAACACAACAAUCAUUUCCAGGUUUACUACAAGUUCAACCAAAUUUUCAUGCUUGCAGAGCCGUUAAUGUUAACAAUAGCGUUUUUCUUAUUUUUUGUGGCAAGUGUAGCUUACAUACACAUAGAUCUUUCCAUAAGCAAGUAACGGACAAUUUGGUAGUUUUCAAAGCUUAAACAGCAAUCACUCUCAACUUGACUGACAUUCAGUGACUGAUUGGAGCACGGGAGCCUGGAUAGUGGUACUGAAUUUCAGAAACGAGCCCUAGUAUUGCAGAUGGCCACCGUCAAAAAUUUUGCUGUUUGUGCAUUGUCCCUCUAUGUGGUUGGACUUGAGCACUAACACAUAUGCAACUGGUUUUUUAGUUUUUAAAAUAUAAGGACUCAAUUAUUUUGUAGUGAAAAACUGAAUUAUAUAUAUAAAUCCUUGUAGGAGUGGAAGUAAUAUGACUUGUGAAAUUUGAUGUUCCUACAGCUAGCUAAGAUUGAGAAAUGGAUGGAUCCUCAUAUUAAAAAACAUAUUACUUUUGUAAUAUGGAAUUAAUAUAUUAUUUAUUUUGGGAUC